UUUCGGUGAUAAAGCAGUAGUCACUGAAGUAUUAUUGUAUAUGUAUAAAUAAUACACUGGGUAGUUAUGACUGGAACAUGUUCUAUUUCAACCCGGUUGUUUACAUAGCCGGCAUAACAGUAGUGGUGUUACAUCACAAAAGGUCCGUCGUGCAUCUGGCGCGUCAUAUCCGUUCUCAGCACGUUACAGUCACCUUCAUGCCCAACAAGUUUUUCCACUAAUAUGUAAAUCGAAUUAAACUUAGAAGCGAUUUCAAUGAGACAUUUCGGGAAGAGUGAUGUCUCGACUGGCCAAGAAAUCACAAGCUGUUUGCACGGACCUGCCCUUGGACACGAGUGACAUCUUGGACAAAGUUAAUCUUCUGGGUCAGCUUUUUAGAUCUUGUUUUGGUCCUUCGGGGAGACUAAAACACAUCCACAACAACAUCGGAGGGCAAGUUGUGACCACGUCAACGUCAUCACUUCUACUUUCAUCCAUUUCCUCAUCACAACCGCUCCUAAAUCUCAUUUUAGCCUCCGUUCGCAAUCACGUCUGUCGUUUCAGUGACUGCGGCUUGUUCGCAGCCAUAGUUUGUGUUGCUCUUAUUGAGGGAGUCAAACAGCUUGACCUUAAAGGAAAGGUGACCACCGGUGUGUACAAACACCUGUUGGGUCUGUGCAUUAGUUACCUCCAACAAGAAGACUGCGGCUGUAAAGUGAGGCUCGAUUUUUGCAGCAGCGAUGACUUGAUCACGUUGGCUCGCAGUGUUCUCUGCAGCAAACCCGCCUGUAGACUAACAGAGCAUGAAGCCCUUCACAUCAGCAGGUUAGCAGUGCAAGCAUUUUUACUCACAGUACCUUCCCACAGCAAUGGCGUAGUAACUCUAGGCACGACCCUGAUUGUGUCCAUUGAUGGCCUUCCUGUGAUGGACUCUGCAGUGUUUCCAGGCAUAUUAGUAGACAUGCCGAAUGACUAUGAGUACUCAGAAAUGAGGACUCCCCCUGCUAUUCCCAUGCGAAUGGUAUUGUUCAGUACAUCCCUCGCUGGAGAUCUUUCCGAAGUAGGAGAUGGAACAAUUGAGGUGCACCGCGGUGCAGACAUGGACUCUGACAUCCUGAAUCAGCUCCUUGGGAUUGGCAAACGGGCAAUGGAAGAUGGUGUUAAGAUAUUCAUGUGCCAGAAGGUUAUCCACCCGGUCUUGCAGCAAUACCUAAGGAGUCUCGGCAUCAUAGUCAUAGAGCGAGUGGGGAUUAAUCUCAUGCAGCCUCUUACGCAACUCACAGGGUCCCAACCAGUGGCAACGUUGCACACGAUAAUCCCUCCUCAAGCCUAUGGAAAGGUGGCGAUUACCACUUCUAGACAGUUUGGAUCCAAGACAAUGCUGCAUUUAUAUCCGUCGGAGGAGUCGGUGAUCUGCUCCACAGUCCUCUGUCACAGGAACGAGACCAUGUUAAAUGAAUUGAAGGUGGCGUGCCAGAAGACGGAGCAUGUUUUGCGUCUCGCCCUGAAGGAACCGUUUGCUUUGCUCGGAGGUGGGUGCACAGAGACCCACUUAGCUGCGUACAUCAGACAACAGUGUGACGCAGCUGGAAGUGCAUCAAUGCUCGGCUGCUCAAAGGCAGAAUACCUGCUUGGAGUGGAGGCGUUCUGCAGCGCUCUCGAUUCGGCGGCUGCAUCGCUACAGCACGACAGUGAGAGUUCUCUCAUUGAUCUGACUUGCGCUCACCAUUGGACUCUCCCAGAGGACGCCGAGGCUUGCUUCAACAGCUGUGGCUGCGGACUGAUGAAAAGUGACCAAAGUCCAAUGUGGAGCCACUUGAACACUAAAUACCCAGUGUUCUCCCCGGGGUCACUGUCUGGAGGCGAUAAGGUGAAGCCACGCGUGUUCGACUCUUUCACAGCAAAGCUCAACGCUUUACAAGUUGCGGUAGAAACCGCAAAUGUUGUCCUCGAUGUGCGAUAUAUAAUACAAGAUAAGAACUAACUCAAAAGGGCAAGAGCGGUUUGCGACAAGCAUAUUGUGGUGAUGUUAUGAGUUUUUUGACAUUUAAAACAGUUCAUUGUGGUCUACAUCAGUGGUCCCCAACCUUUUUUUAGCUGUGGACCGGUCAACGCUUGAAAAUUUGUCCCGCGGACCUGGGGGGGAUUUAUUUUUUAUUUUUUUUAUAAUAAUAAAGAAAUACAAUCAUGUGUGCUUAAGGACUGUAUCCCUGCAGACUGUAUUGAUAUACAUUGAUAUCUAGUGUAUAUAUUCUGUUUUUAUGUAGAUUUGAUUAAAAAAUUAAAAAUAAAAAUACAUUUCUUUUUUCUUGUGCGGCCCGGUAUGGACCGGUACCAGGCCGCGGCCCGGUGGUUGGGGACCACUGGUCUACAUAACAUGCAAUGGUGGUGCUUUAGUCCAAAUGUUGCAUAGAUUAUGGUUUACAGACCAUUUUCAAGGCGCUUUACAAGUUGCGGUAGAAACCGCAAAUGUUGUCCUCGAUGUGCGAUAUAUAAUACAAGAUAAGAACUAACUCAAAAGUGCAAGAGCGGUUUGCGACAAGCAUAUUGUGGUGAUAUUAUGAGUUUUUUGACAUUUAAAACAGUUCAUUGUGGUCUACAUAAUAUGCAGUGAAGUGUGAAGUGAAUUACAUUUAUAUAGCGCUUUUUCUCAAGCAACUCAAAGCGCUUUACAUUGUGAAACCCAAUAUCUAAGUUACAUUUAAACCAGUGUGGGUGGCACUGGGAGCAGGUGGGUAAAGUGUCUUGCCCAAGGACACAACGGCAGUGACUAGGAUGGCGGAAGCGGGCCGCUCUACCAACCGAGCUAUACCGCCCCGAUGCAAUGGUGGUGCUUUAGUCCAAAUGUUGCAUAGAUUAUGGUUUACAGACCAUUUUCUAGGCGCUUUCUGAUGCGUCAUUUUGUGGGUGGUCUUAUUUACGUGGGGGGGCCCUUCUCAAAGCCAAACCCACUUGGAUUGCGUCUCCAUCACGUCAGCCAUGUUGUAUUUUUUUGUCGCUUUCAUAAUCAAGUCUACUGACAGAACUACCGUAUUUUUCGGAGUAUAAGUCGCACCGGAGGAUAAGUCGCACCGGCCGAAAAUGCAUAAUAAAGAAGGGAAAAAAACCAUAUAUAAGUCGCACUGGAGUGAGUAUAAGUCGCAUUUUUUGGGGAAAUUGAUUUGAUAAAACCCAACACCAAGAAUAGACAUUUGAAAGGCAAUUUAAAAUAAAUAAAGAAUAGUGAACAACAGGCUGAAUAAGUUUACGUUAUAUGAUGCAUAAAUAACCAACUGAGAACGUGCCUGGAAUGUUAACAUAACAUAUUAUGGUAAGAGUCAUUCAAAUAACUAUAACAUAUAGAACAUGCUAUACGUUUACCAAACAAUCUGUCACUCCUAAUCGCUAAAUCCCAUGAAAUCUUAUACGUCUAGUCUCUUACGUGAAUGAGAUAAAUAAUAUUAUUUGAUAUUUUACGGUAAUGUGUUAAUAAUUUCACACAGUCGCUCCUGAGUAUAAGUCGCACCCCCGGCCAAACUAUGAAAAAAAUGCGACUUAUAGUCCGAAAAAUAUGGUAAGUUAGAACUAUAUGCUACUUUUUAUUUGAAAUGUCGACGGCGGAGCAUUAUAGCAUUGAUGGGCAUGUAUGAGCCAGUCUGCCCCACAACAAGAGGAUAGAGGAAAAGAAGGAACUUUAAUGAUUGCAACUUUGGAAUACAACUGAAUAAAAA